AAAGCUUCAUAUGUUUUUUUUUUUGUUGAAUCAAUGUAGGAGGAAUAUUUGGGCAUUUGAGUGUAAUUUCCCCCAAUCUCCUGUUGCGCUAAGCAUACCGCAGAUGGGCAGACGGUGAGAGGCUGAGACGCAGACCGCAAAAUCCUCACCUUCGCCGGGCAUCAUCUACCAGUACAGUAGUCCUAAUCUGAAAUCUCAGCCGUCGUCGACCGUCCGUCGUCCGCCAACAUCGCCUCGCCUCACUCCGGCAGCGGCACUCCGCAGUAAGCUUCUGAAGAAAGUAAAUGUUUGGUUAUUUAGGGGGACUUGGCAAAAAUCUUACGACCUCACCCUGAGGAGAAACCCUCCCAAUUGAUCAGUCAAUGGUGAAGUAUGCACAAAAUCUUGCUUUUGCCAAUUCAAUCAUCUCUUCAACUGCAACAAUCCCCACAAAAAUUGGUGCUCUCUUUACGCGUUUCUUGAUCACAUCAUUAGCAGAGACCUCAUCUUCUGCGGUGUAUUCCUCAGAAUCAGAAAUCAGAUCAGGUGUACAAGUUGAUCAUAAAUGUUUCACUUCAUCUCUUGAUGUUAUUGACGACAAGGACCUUCUUAGAAAGGCUCCUAAUGGGGAGCUUUUGGUGCUUGAACUUAUUGACAGGGGCGCAAUGGAACCAGAUGCCACUUUGUAUCACAAACUCAUCAAGAAAUGUGCUGAACGUAAAAGACUCAAAGAAGGUAGAGUAGUUCACAAGCAUUUCGUUCGUUCCAGGUUCAACCAUUACGUUGUUCCUUACAACACGUUAAUUAAUAUGUAUUCCAAGUGUGACAGUAUGCAAGAGGCUCAGCUGGUGUUCAAUGAAAUGCCUGAAAGGGAUAUGGUUUCUUGGGCUACUUUGAUUACUGGAUAUUCCCAGAAUGAGAGAGCUGUUCAGGCAUUGGCUAUGUUUCAUGAGAUGUUGAGGGCUGGGUUCAUGCCUAAUGAGUUUACUUUUGGGAGUGUUCUCAAGUCUGCUGGUGCUGCACCAACUGAUAGUAUGAUUGGUAGGCAAAUACAUGGGGUUUGUUUGAAAUGUGGAUAUGAGGAGAAUGUGUAUGCUGGGAGUGCUCUUGUGGAUAUGUAUGCCAGGUGUGGACAAAUGGAUGAGGCAAUGUUUGUCUUUCAGGCAAUGAGGAGCAAGAAUGAGGUUUCUUGGAAUGCUUUGAUUGCGGGACAUGCUAGAAAAGGGGAAGCAGAGAAUGCCGUGAAUCUUUUCUCAGGUAUGAAGAGAGAUGCUUUUUACCCAACCCAUUAUACUUUUUCAAGUAUUUUCACUGCUUGUGCAUGCACGGGAGCUUUGGAGCAGGGCAAGUGGGUGCAUGGGCAUAUGAUAAAAUCAGGCUUAGAACUUAUUGCUUUUGUUGGCAAUACUCUUCUCAAUAUGUAUGCCAAGUCAGGCAGCAUUAAUGAUGCCAAAAAAGUUUUCUACCGAUUGGUAAAAAAGAACAUAGUUUCGUGGAAUUCAAUGCUUACUGCCUGUGCUCAACAUGGUCUUGGGAUGGAAACUGUGGAGCUCUUUGAAGAAAUGCUUAUAGAGGGACUUGAACCUAAUGAGGUGACCUUCCUGUGUGUGCUUACCGCUUGUAGCCAUUCUGGACUUCUAGAUAAAGGAAUGCAUUAUUUUGAAUUAAUGAAGAAAAUGAAGGUAGAAUGCGACAUUUCACAUUAUGUGACAAUAGUUGAUUUACUUGGUCGAGCAGGUCAACUAGAUCGUGCUCAGAGUUUCAUAAAGGAUAUGCCAAUUGAACCCACUGCGGCCAUCUGGAAAGCAUUGCUUGGAGCUUGUAGAAAGCACAAAAAUAUGGAAUUGGGUAUCUUUGCUGCUGAGCGUGUAUUUGAACUUGAUCCAUAUGAUUCAGGACCCCACAUAUUACUGUCCAAUAUCUAUGCCACUGCUGGUAGGUUGAGUGAUGCUGCAAAAGUGAGAAAGGCAAUGAAUGACAGUGGAGUAAAGAAAGAACCUGCAUGCAGUUGGUUGGAACUUGAGAAUGCUGUCCACGUGUUUGUGGCAAAUGAUGAAUCUCACCCACAUAGAGAGGAGAUCCGGAAGAUGUGGAAGAAGAUGACUGAAAAAAUUAAGGAAAUUGGAUAUGUCCCUGACACAAGCCAUGCCCUUUGGUUUAUGGAUCAGCAGGAGAGAGAAGAGAGGUUGCAAGAGCAUAGUGAAAAGCUAGCUUUAGCAUUUGGGCUUCUCAAUACUCCAGCGGGAUCCACUAUCCGGAUAAAGAAGAAUAUUAGAGUUUGUAGUGAUUGCCAUACAGCAUUUAAAUUUGUUUCAAAGGUGGUUGACAGAGAGAUCAUCUUGAGAGAUACCAAUAGGUUCCAUCACUUUUGUAAUGGUUCUUGUUCAUGUGGAGACUACUGGUAGCAAAAAAGGUUAUUGCUUUUACGCAACAGUAUUCAAAUUUGUUUUAAUGGUGGUUGACAACUUGGUGAAGAAAUAUUGAGAGACUUUGAUCGGUUCCAGCACCUUUGUAAUGGUUCUUGUCCAUGUGGAGAUUGCUGGUAGCACAAAGCUCAUUGCUUUUAUGCAAUGGUUGUUGUUCAAGUUUGUUUCAAUGAUGGUAUACAGAUAAAUCAACUUGAGAGACACCUGGAGGUUAGUGAUAGCACAGAAGACAUUGCUUUCUAUGCAUCAAUUGACUGCUGACGACUCAAUUUCCAAGAGAAAUGUGGAUUAUGUGAUAGGAUACCAUUCCAUACGAGGUUAGCUAUUGCCAUGAUUGCUGUUAAUCACUUGUUAGCUAUAGAAUUUUGUAGUUGUAUUCAUUUAAAUUAUAUUUAGUGUGGUUUUUAUCACAUAUGAGCUACCAGCAAAAUACUAUACCAACAUGCAAUUGCUACUAUAUAUAUAUAUAUAUAUAUAUAUAUAUAUAUAUGCUAUUUUUGGUCCUUGAAUUAUGGCUUAAUAGCUGAUUCAGUCCAAUUAUUCGCUUAGCACUUUUCACCCUUCUGUUGCUACCAUGGUAGUGCUUUUCACCCAUUGGCUGGAUGGAAUUCUUAGAACACCACAAAAGUUUAUAAAGCUUAAAAUUAGAGGGAUAAACUUGUAAUUUUGCAAUCUCCACUUCUAUUACCCUCCUAUCAAAGCAGUAGAACAUUCCUAUUCCCUAAAAUUGACAAUUGGAAAACCCUUGAAUAAAAGGCAGAAAUAGCGAAGGACAAGUAGGGAAGUACUUGGGCUGGAUGGUGCUCCUGACUGUAAGUUUAUACAACUACUUUUUUGACAUCUUAUUUGUGCUCUUUAAUGGUGGUAUGUGUUAAUGGGUUGUAUGUAUGUUUUAAAUGUAUACAUAGUGAGUAUUUUAAUGAUGGUUUGUGGGGAUUCAUUUGUUUCUUGAGGCAAGUGGACGAAUUUUUAAUAUGUAAAGUUUAAAGGUUAAAGCUCAUUAUAUGGCAUUUAGACAGUGACUAUAACUGAUAAAGGGUGGGCAUGAAUAAAGUUCAUAACUUUUAAAGGUUAGAGUUUAAAGGUGGACAUGAACACAUGAUUAAUUAUAGAUUUAUAAUUAUUAUACUUGUAUAUAAACAUUAUUAUAUAUUACUUGCUAUGGGAUGUUAGCUUUUAAUAUGUAAUGUGAAUGCUUCUGUUUUGCCUUUAGUGGAAUAUACUGGACUGUAGUAUGUGUAUUUAAUUUUGUUUUAUAAUUUAGAUGCUGGUAAAGAAGAUAUUAUGUUCACCAUUAAACUAUAUCAUGGAGGUGUGGUAGUUUUGGAUCUUGUUCUUGACUAGUUUGGCAUGGUAGAAUAUUUUGAUUAUUGGUAUGGUGAUCAGGGUUCUGUGGUGGGUUCUAUACAGAUUGUUAAAUCCCUAAGAUGUGAUGAUAAGAAGGUCGAAUUUUGGUUUAAAUAUGGGGAUGUGUUUGCACCAAAGAUCAGAAAACUUAAUAAUGAUUAUUGAUGUGGAUGUCUAUGACCUGAACUUUGAGACUUACAAGAAGAAGUCUACUAUGAAGGUAAAUAAUUUCAAUUAUUAAAUAUUUACUGACUUUGUUAUAAAUUAACUGCAACAGCUGUAAAAUCUUGAAACCCAGCAGAUUUAGAAUCCUAAUCCACAGCAGAUGCAGAACCAUCUAUAGCCAGAAGGAAGGUAAGGUUUUUCAACAACUAUAUUUUGUUCUUGUUGCAGUUAAAUUCACUAAAUUACUUUCAUCUAUUCCAGGCCUCCCGGGUAUCAACAUGUCAUUGAUUCCACCACUGAGUACCAAAUUUCCCAUGGAGUUACUGCCGCAAAGCAAACUCAGCAAAGAAGAAGGAGCAUACAAAUCAGUCACUGGCUAUGAUGGAAUUGUAAAGGGUUUGCAGGGAGUCAUAUGCUUAUUUUGAUGCUACUGUUGUGUAAUUCUGAAAGGUAUUUUGGCUAGGGAUUAGCACUUAAAAUGUGCUGAAGUAGCAGGUCUUUUGAAAUGGCUGUUUGGUAUUUUGGCCAAGUAUUUGCACUCUAUUGAACUGCAUUUCUUUUUUUGUGUUGCACAAGCACAAUUCCAGUUGUUGUAGCAGGUCAUUGCAACCUGACAAGUAUGCCAACAAACCAAAUAUUCAACACACCCCCUGCAGGACUACCCCAACCACUCCCAGUUCCUUCAAGAGUUUGGGAAGAUGUAACCAUGGACUUCAUAGUAGGAUUAUCGGUAGCACGAGGACAAGGAUCCAUUAUGGUAGUUGUGGAUAGACUUACUAAAUAUGUGUACUUUGAAACAUUACCACACCAAUUCAGUGCAUAGAAGGCAGCUAAUGUAUUUGUAGAAAUAGUGGCAAAACAUCACGGCUUCCUGGUAA